GUAAGACAGCAGGGAGGCUGCAUUUAUUUAUUUUUUGGGCAGUUUGAAUCCAUUCAGAAUUCCUGUAUUUUUAUUUUUGCUACACGUGAUUGGUUGAAGCAUACCACAAGCAAGGAACUGUUGAGGUGUUUCUGAGUUUUGGUGACAUAAAGAAAUACAGCAAAAUGAGGGGACAUCGAAACAAUGAACUGCCAGAAGACUUCUGGAUACCUGUUCCUCUGGACACUAACAACAUCACAUCGCUUAGUCCAUUCCUGGUUCCUCAGGACCAUCUGGGGAAUUUAGGCACCUUUUAUGGCAUGGCUGCAUUCAUGUUCUUUCUUUUUGUGGUGGGAACGGGCAUUAAUGUCCUCACCAUUGCUUGCACCAUCCAAUACAAGAAGCUCAGAUCCCACCUGAAUUACAUCCUGGUGAACUUGGCAGUGUCAAACCUUCUUGUGUCAUGUGUGGGCUCUUCCACCGCGUUCUGCUGUUUUUCAGCAAGGUAUUUCAUCAUUGGACCAUUGGGAUGCAAGAUUGAAGGUUUCAUGGUGACGCUUGGUGGUAUGGUAAGCCUGUGGUCUCUUGCUGUGAUUGCCUUCGAACGAUGGCUGGUCAUUUGCAAGCCUCUUGGAAACUUUGUUUUUAAACCGGACCAUGCUAUAGCUUGCUGUGUAUUCACAUGGGUGUUUGGACUGAUUGCCUCGGCCCCACCACUUUUCGGAUGGAGUAGAUAUAUUCCAGAGGGCCUGCAGUGCUCCUGUGGGCCGGAUUGGUACACCACAAAUAAUAAAUUCAACAAUGAAUCCUAUGUGAUUUUCCUCUUUUGCUUCUGCUUUGCUGUUCCCUUGGCCACUAUUAUCUUCUGCUAUGGUCAGCUGCUCAUUACAAUGAAAAUGGCAGCAAAAGCCCAGGCUGAGUCUGCCUCCACUCAGAAAGCAGAGAAGGAAGUGACCAGGAUGGUGGUCAUCAUGGUGAUGGGCUUCCUUGUGUGCUGGCUACCCUAUGCGUCCUUUGCUCUUUGGGUAGUCUUGAAUCGUGGGCAGACCUUUGACCUGCGAAUGGCCACAUUACCUUCUUGCUUAUCAAAGAGCUCAGCGGUCUACAACCCCAUCAUCUAUGUCGUCUUCAACAAACAGUUCCGGUCAUGCAUGAUGCAGAUGUUGGGAAUGGGUAGUGGUGAUGAAGAGACAUCAUCAUCAACAACAUCAGUGACUGAAGUCUCCAAAGUUGGGCCUGCUUAGACUGUGGAUUUAAUUAUUUGUAUGCCACUAAAGAGUUGUAUGAGUCAGUUGUAAAUAACUAUAAAUGCAUGUUUUCGCAAUGUUAAAAAAAAAACAAAAAAAAAAACAUUACAAUAAAGUGAAGUGCUUUUACAA